AUGGAGACCGGUAGCACUGCCCCCAACUCGGUGGCAGAUGCCGACCCACAAAGGAAUGGUGCGAACACCUCUGGAAGUAUCGUUGGCGAAGUUGGAGGUGAACAGGAAGAAAGGGAGCCUCCUGGAGCGCCCCCUGGAGCGCCCCGUAUGCGUUUUCGCUCUCUUAGACGGAGGCUCAUCUACCCAGAAAGGGCUACGCCAGAGCUCUCCGAAGCGGCAGAACCAGGGGAAGAAAAUCCCGUGUUGGUCUCCGAUCUGCCAAUCUUUCCAGGAGCUGAACCCAUAUCCCAAACCGAUCUUCGAGUCGAAAAUGGUUCCAUCAAUCCCUUAGCGGAAGCGAACACUGCGGACGAUAACAGUGGAUCUAACACCGGCCCCGAACAACCUCAACAUGGCUUCGAGAUUCAAUCAGGCACACCAAGCGCUGGGAGAGAAGCCAUCCCUUCUAAUUAUCUUUCGCAUGGCCAACCACCAUCACAACCCGGUAUUGCAGAGGCAAGCACUGGUGCUCCCCCUUCACGAGGAUCGAAUAGAUCGGCGCGGCUCUUGUACAGGACUGGCCCAGUGUACAGGCCUGGCCCAGCUAGAAGAGUCCUGAUUAUUGCCAUACCACAAUCCGCCGUGCCCCAACCGAUGCGAGCAACGUUCCACGGAGGAGCAGAGCCUACCGCAACGGAAGUGCGCAAUGUGGGUCAAGGCAGGCGAAGAGAGAUAUAUAACUUUUCUUCGGAGCGACGACAGGAGCUGAUGGGGCAGAUGAUGAGCGACAUAGCGCGGUACGAUAAUGCCAGAGAUACAGCUUUCAUGCGCGAAUAUAGGCAGUAA